AUGACUCAGUCAUAUUGUGACAAGAAUUCGUCAUCAUCUCCUCAGGACUUGAGCACCUCGUUUCACUGCCGUGAAAACGUUGGAUCCAUGGCGAAUGAAGAGGCGAACAUUGGUAUAGGUGAUCAUGACGUUAUUUACAACAUACUUUCUCGACUUCCCGGUAAGCCAUUACUACGGUUCAGACGCGUGUCAAAACAUUGGAAUCGUCUAAUUUCUGAUCCCUAUUUCAUGAAGUUGAGAUCACGUCGAGUGAUCCUUUUGACAUACACAAGGCCUCUAGUUGUUAUAGACGACAACGACGAGAAUACAUAUUAUGUGACAAGAAUUCGUCAUCAUUUACAACAUACUCGCGUUUCUAUUGUUGGAACAUUCAAUGGCAUUGCACUUUUAGCUCUUUAUGAUUAUACGUGGUUAGAAUAUUGUCAGUUGAUCCUAUACAAUCCCUUAACCUGUGCAUCAAAGAAACUUGUGUCUAUGGGUGAACCUUAUAAACCACUAGAUGGCUAUGUAUUUGGAUUUGGCUAUGGUGCGACUACUGAUAACUUAAAGAUUGUUAGAUUUGAUGUUUUUAGGCAUUUAAAGCAGGAAGUGUUCAAGUAUGACGUCUUUGAUCUUAAAACUAGUUCGUGGAGCAAGCCGCCACAAUACCUGACUGAAGAUUUUAUCUUUACCGGUGAUAAAGUGGGUAGGUUUCUAAAUGGCGUUUUGUAUUGGAUGAUUACAGAACCGUGUUACCGGAUCUUGGCUCUCAAUGUUAAGGAGAUGGUAUUUUGGAAGACGAAAGUACCUUAUGAACUCAUGUACACUUGGCCUCUUUUGGGGUCCAUAGACGGAUGCCUUUGCAUGAUUAACAGCGGCAUUGAUGUCGGUAGAUACGAUUUGUGGGUGAGUAAAGACCAAGGCGGUGUUGAGAUCUCAUGGUUGAAAGCACACUCUUUCACAAUCCGUUUGGAACCUCACUUAAGAAACAACUUGUUCCUUUUUUACAUUCUAGGUAACGGUAAAAUUCUAAUCGCAGAUACUUCAUCCACGCUACUCGUUAUGUAUGACAUGUUUAAAGAUUCAUAUAAGACUAUUGAUUUGGAAAGUUGCCGGGGUUAUGGGCUCCAUACUAUACUCCCCAUCGAGUACGUGGAAAGUUUAGUUUCACCUUCUGAUAUGUGUUAG